AAUCUGAUUUGUUGUUGGCAGCGAGCUGGGCGUCCGAGAUGAUUAUAUCAAAUAAAAUAAAAAAAAUUCACUGCAACUAAAACGCCAGACCCGACAAAUUACAAUUCACAUCGUAUCCACACAUCAGCUAAGGAGGAACCCGCGCCUUUUCCUCGUUGAUAAGUAGCUUUUGGAGAAAAACAUCUGCCAGGAUUUGCGCAGGAAAACAGCGAACUCCAAGCGAGCAACGAUGAUCUGUAUUUACCAUCAGCACAAAAAAGGGAAACAAUACGUUUCGGGGAGAGCUCAGUGGCAAUAGAGGAUGAAAUGAGAAAGGAGUAUACUGCUUGAACUUGUUAUACAACCUCAAUCACUGGACGGAUAUUUUGUAUGUUUCUCUUACAAUUGAUUCGGGGUUCGUAAGACUUAAUCGCUGAAUUUAUGCAACAUUUGCAUCUAAAGGUCACGAUUUGUGUAUCAAUUGUCAACGCAGAUUAAUAGUAGAUCCUGGAGUUCGUGGUUUAUUUUUAGGGAAAGGGCCAACGCUUUGUGUGCCGAUGCCAACGGCAGAUUGCAGGUUGCUCCAUCAUGGUCGGAUCAUGAAGUGUCUGACUUUUUUACUCUUACUUCCAGAAACACUGAAAAAGUCUAAAACGACUGGGAAACACACAAGCAGGUUACCAGUAUGCUAUGAGAUUCUAACCCUGUCCUUGAAGAAGAAGAUGGCUGCAGAACUGUACCCUGCGACCAACAACGGUACUACGGUGACCGGCACUGACAAGAAAAGCAAUGUGCAGGUCACCCAGUCAACAACCACUGCAACAACACCGACCACCCAGCAAAACAUAAACAACAACAACGUCGAACCUCCGAGCUGGCAGUCCUCGCACCCCACGCUACGGGAGAGGAACGCCUUGAUGUUCAACAAUGAACUCAUGGCCGAUAUCCAUUUCAUUGUUGGUCCCUUCGGUGAAUCUAAGAAAGUGCCAGCGCACAAGUAUGUGCUGGCAGUGGGUAGCUCAGUCUUCUGUGCCAUGUUUUAUGGGGAUCUUGCAGAGGAGUCGUCCGAAAUCCAUAUCCCAGAUGUAGAACCUGCUGCUUUUCUAAUUCUGCUGAAGUACAUGUACAGUGAUGCAAUAGACCUGGAGGCUGACACCGUGCUGGCCACCCUGUACGCUGCCAAGAAGUACAUUGUACCCGCCCUGGCCAAGGCCUGCGUCAGCUUCCUGGAGACUAGCCUGGAGGCCAAGAACGCCUGUGUGCUGCUGUCCCAGAGCCGUCUGUUUGAGGAGCCUGAGCUGACGCGGCGCUGCUGGGAGGUGAUUGAUGCGCAGGCAGAGCUGGCCCUGGGCGCAGAGGGCUUCUGUGAGAUUGACCUGCAGACCCUGAAGAUCAUCCUGCAGAGAGAGACCCUCAACACCAAGGAGGUGGUGGUCUUUGAUGCUGUCAUGAGUUGGGCCACAGCAGAGUGUAAGAGGCAAGGACUGGGAGAAACCACCCGCAACAAGAGAUCUGUCCUGGGCAAGGCACUCUACCUGGUGCGCAUCCCCACUAUGACCCUGGAAGAGUUCGCUGAUGGGGCAGCCCAGUCAGACAUCCUGACACUGGAGGAGACGCAUGACGUCUUCCUGUGGUACACAGCGGCCACCAAGCCCAAAUUGGACUUCCCACUGGCACAGAGGCAGGGCCUGGCACCCCAGAAGUGCCACCGGUUCCAGUCGUCAGCCUACCGGAGCAACCAGUGGCGCUACAGGGGCCGCUGUGACAGCAUCCAGUUCGCAGUGGACAAGCGGAUCUUUAUUGCUGGACUGGGCCUGUAUGGGUCAAGUGGUGGGAAGGCAGAGUACAGCGUCAAGAUUGAACUGAAGCGUCAACGGGUGACCCUAGCACAGAACCUGACCAAGUUUGUAUCGGACGGAUCAAGCAGUACAUUUUCUGUAUGGUUUGAAAACCCGGUUCAGGUGGAGCAGGAUGUCUUCUAUACGGUGAGUGCCGUGCUGGACGGGAAUGAGCUGAGCUAUUUCGGCCAGGAGGGCAUGACAGAGGUACAGUGUGGAAAAGUGACAUUUCAGUUCCAGUGCUCCUCGGACAGUACCAACGGGACUGGGGUGCAGGGGGGACAGAUCCCAGAGCUGGUAUUCUAUGCAUAAACUGAACUGGUCAUAACGGACAAGUAGAGGACAUAUGGACUGUACAUCCAUGUGUUUAAGCCUUCUAAAUAAUGUAGCAUUAUUAUGUCACUAAACAAAAUACUAUUUUUAAGUGAAGGAAUGCUGUUAUUUAUUUUAAAAUUAUUUUAAUUAUUAACUGCAAAAAGCAGUCCCUUGUAAAAAGUCGUAUUGCACUUGUGGACAGCCUCUGCAAUGUUUUUUUUUGUACAUAAAGUACGGUUAUAUGGUGUGCAGCUUGAUGCUGAUCAAUCCUGAUGUUCUGUGCGAGAGCUUAUGAACCUGCAGAAAAUCAUAAAAGUUAUGCGAGAUAAGCCACAGAUGUUGCUGCUCAUCAUUAUAUAA